AUAGAGCACGAGAGGCGGGAAUCGGGGGGCAUCCAUAUCAUCGGGCAUUAGGAGUCGGACCGGACCGGGUCGGGCCGGACUCCACCGGCGGUUCGCUAGCAACUGAACCCAUGGGUAUAUAUAAAGAUAUCUCUCUCGAGAAAUCUAAGAUCCGACUCGGGAAACCGAGCCGGGAUGCAUUUGGCGAGCAGGCUGAGACUGUCGCAGCCUCCUCCGCCACUUCUUCAGCUACUGCGCUUCCACUGCGCUUUCCCUCCUUCUCCUCCUCCAUCCAAGUCCAAGCUAUUCGUUGCAGGUCUUUCAUGGUCGGUGGAUGAGAAGUCGUUAAAAGAUGCUUUCUCUUCUUUUGGUGAGGUCGCUGAAGUUAGGAUAAUGUAUGACAAGAACACUGGAAGGGCAAGAGGCUUUGGGUUUGUCCAUUUUUCCACAGAACAUGAAGCUAAAUGUGCCAAAGAUGCUAUGGAUGGAAAGGUAUUAUUAGGCCGACCUUUGAGGAUAAGCUUUGCUCUCGAAAAGGUUCGUGGUGGACCAUUAGUGGUUCCUCGGGUUUCCAUGGUAAACGAGUCCAGUGAUUAGAAAGUGCUGACUCUACAAUCAGCGUAACAACUUUGCCGCUUUGGCAUUCUCCUCAUAAGGAGGAAUAUCAAGUCAAGCAACUGUUUGGACUGCAAAUAUCACUGCAAUGGUUGUAAAAUUCUUAUCCAUUACAAUGAAAGACAUUUCUGAGUGACUCUUAAUCAUAAAAGAGAAAUAUGUCUUGAUAUCUGCAUUUCUAUUUUCAACGUAUAUCAUUAGUUGUUUUUCAAC